AUGAAGUACCUCAUAGGUGGUUCUACCGGAUUGGUAAAGGUCGUAGAGACCGCGGAUCGCUCUCUCCAGAGCUUUUCGCCUCCGACUGAGCAGGAUCUGAGCCGCAGGGUGACCUGUAUGUGUUGGUCAGGUGGAAGCAGCAAUGAUUCUGAGACUGAAGUCACCGUGGGAAUGUCCAGUGGGCUCGUUGUCACCUACGCCUAUCCUUCCAUGGAGCGGCUGGUAGACUUCACGCUGCCUUCGCGAUGUGUCCACAUCCACAUGCUGGGCAACGGAUUCGAUAGUGUUGGCAGGCAUAUAUACGAAGCACGGAGCUCUGAGCAUCCGGCGCUGUACGUAGACAUAACGGAAUCAGAGCUGCGGCAGAAGCAGGGCAAUUAUAUGUGCUGCAUUUCGGAAUCGGGCCACUGUGUCAUCGUGGACGUUGAUAAGUUGAAGCAGGAGAUUCAGCCUUCAUCGGGUGACGUCAAGGACGACGAAAAUGAAUCCGAUGUGGGUGAUGAUGUCAAAAGCGUUAACGCUACCAAUCGCGUUCGCAACCGUAAAGGUAGAGAUGAUUUGGAUUCCUCUGAAACAAACGACGACGCCAAUCGCUUGGAGGUCAAGAUGAUGUAUUCGUCUGAUAAGGACGAAAAAGUGCAGCAUUUGUCUAUUUGCGGCGGCGUGGCAGCCUACAAGUUUAAAGGGCCUAUCACCGCUGCAACGCAUAGCUCCCUGAUGACGAAUCGCAUAGUACUUGGGGGCCCAAACGUCCCGCCGUUUUUGUUCGACAUAUAUGCCGGAGCGGUGCUGUGGACGGGCAAAAUGCCACACCAGUCGCUGUUGGGACUACAAUCGCUCCUGGACGUUCGCAGCAUCUGCUUCAUGGAGGACCUGGGGCCAGACAUUAUCGCAGUAUCCACGUCUAAUUCGUGCGUCUACUUCUACGAUAUGACAUGUCAAAAGAAGCCUGUGUAUGACCUUAAUGUCUGCGACCGACGCAGUCGGUGCAUCUCAGGGCGCCGGCUUGCGCUUCAUCAUAUCAAAGAGUACAAUACGGAGCGGCGCAAGGAGGUAAAGCAAUCCGUGAAUGAGUUUUACACCUCUGACACGCGUAAUAUCGUUAAACUUGUCACCCGUCCUCGUCGAAUGUCGGAGGAGGAUCAGUACGAGACCAAGGAUACCUGUGACCUUUUCGCCAGCGACAAUGUGGGCUCGAUUUACCACCUUAAGGUUAUUACGGGGAACACACUCGUAAGCUUUCUAAAAGAGAAGAUGCGAAAGUACCAACCGAACCCCGACCAAGAGAUGAGCCGUGAUGACGUCAUCAAGCACCUCAUUGAGGCCCGUAAGCGCUUUGGGUCAGCUAGUGCAAACGACACGCCGCUACACUGCGCACCUCCAGGUGCAAACCAGUACAUCUGUCAACUCAAAGGCUGCUAUGCGAUACACAACGGUGCGGUGCCGGACAUCUUUUGCGUGGGACACUACCUCAUAUCUGUGGGCCUUGACCGCUUCACCAACGUCUACAAUGUGAGAACGCGCAAGAGGGUCUUCCGCAUGUACUGCAACCAGAAGCAGACUACUCUGCUGCCGUUCCUCAGCGAUCUAUACCAAGAAUAUGAAGCCACGGAAUUCAAGCAGCCCGAUAUACCCGUUGUGAAACGCGGUAAAAGGCCGGCGCCAUCUGACGCUGUUGCUGAUCGCAGUGAGGGCUCAGACGAUCGUGAUGACAUGGACGUUGACGGACCAGAUAGUGGCAUUGAGGACAUGGAAGACGACGACCACCAUUCCCCGGUCAACGAGAGUGAGAUGAGCGGCUCUGAUGCGGAUCAUACGGAUUCAGUCGACGAAUCAGACGAUAAUCCAUCGGAUUAUUCUGGAGACGAUUAUGACAUGUCGGAUUCAGGUACAGAGUCCGAUAGCGACGGUACCGCCUCCUAG